UAUUGGAAACAAUUUUUGGCGGCUGUUGAAGGUUAAAGACUUUUAUCUAAAACCCUGGCUUCCAUCGUGAAAAGCAUUACAGCCAUGAAGUAUGUGUUAGUGUCAGGUGGAGUGAUCAGUGGUAUUGGUAAGGGGGUCAUAGCCAGCAGUCUAGGUAUGAUCCUCAAGUCCUGUGGUAUCAGGGUAACGUCUAUCAAGAUUGACCCCUACAUCAACAUAGAUGCUGGCACAUUCUCUCCUUAUGAGCAUGGUGAAGUUUUUGUUCUGGAUGAUGGUGGAGAGGUUGACCUUGACCUUGGUAACUAUGAGAGAUUUCUUGAUAUUACUCUCCAUCGUGACAACAACAUCACUACAGGCAAAAUAUACCAGCAUGUUAUCAAUAGAGAAAGGAGGGGAGAUUACCUAGGAAAAACUGUGCAAGUUGUCCCUCACAUUACUGAUGCAGUCCAGGAGUGGGUAGAACGAGUUGCUAAAAUACCAGUAGAUGGGGAUAAUAAGAUACCAGAAGUCUGUAUCGUAGAGUUGGGAGGUACUAUAGGGGAUAUCGAGGGUAUGCCAUUCAUUGAAGCAUUCCGUCAGUUCUUCCAUUUCCGUGUCAAGCGAGAAGAUUAUUGCUGUGUUCACGUCAGUCUUGUCCCCCAGCCAGGAAGUACGGGAGAGCAGAAAACCAAACCAACACAGCAGAGUGUGAGAGAACUGCGAGGCUUAGGUCUCUCCCCAGACUUAAUUGUGUGUCGAUGCCAGAGUCCAGUGGCUGAAAGUGUUAAAUCUAAAAUUUCCCUGUUCUGUCAUGUGGAACCUCAACAGGUAUUUUCGAUACAUGACGUCUCUUCUAUAUAUCGAGUCCCCCUACUGCUUACAGAACAGGGUGUAUCAGAGUACCUCAUGAAGAGGCUCCACCUCAAGUACCCCUCCCCACACAAUAACCGCUGGAUGUUACGGUGGAAAGACCUUGCCAAAAGACAUGAUCAGCUGUUGAGAGAGGUGACCAUUGCUCUAGUUGGUAAAUAUACUCAGCUAGAAGACGCCUAUGCUUCUGUCAUCAAGGCUUUACAACACAGUGCCCUGUGUGUCAGCCACAGACUAAACCUCAAGUAUAUAGAAGCUGCAGAUCUUGAGUUGGAUAUGCUGAAACAAAAUCCUUCCAAAUACCACGAAGCCUGGCACCAACUAGUGUCCGCUGAUGGUAUACUUGUGCCAGGUGGAUUUGGAAUCAGGGGAACUGAGGGGAAAAUAUUGGCAGCCAACUGGGCAAGAACAAAAAAUAUACCAUUCUUAGGAGUGUGUCUCGGGCUGCAGUGUGCUGUGAUAGAGUUUGCUCGUAAUGCACUUGGCUGGGAGGGGGCUCAUUCCACAGAAUUGGAUCCAGCCACUAAAUUCCCUGUGGUGAUUGACAUGCCAGAACACAAUACCGGACAAAUGGGCGGGACCAUGAGGCUAGGAAAACGCAAGACUCUGUUCAAUGCUAAGACCUGUAUAACAAAAAAGUUGUAUGGAAAUAAAGAAUAUGUUGAAGAGAGACACAGACACAGAUAUGAGGUGAAUCCGAAGUACAUACAGACAUUUGAGGAUGCUGGAAUGAAGUUUGUUGGUCGCAGUGUUGAUGGAGAGAGAAUGGAAAUUAUGGAAUUAGAUGGUCACCAGUACUUUGUGGGUGUCCAGUACCACCCUGAAUAUAUCUCCCGCCCAAUGAAACCCUCGCCCCCUUAUCUUGGUCUCUUGCUAGCAUCCACAGGGAAAAUGCAGGCCUACAGAACCCGAGGGUACAGACUCUCCCCACAUUUAUCUUAUAGCGAGGGAAAUGACUCAGAAGAUGAAGAAAUAUCAGAGAUUGUCAGAAACCUCAGCACAGAUGAUGGAUUCGAAGUCUCAGCUACCCAGACAAGCACCAGUGAUCAAUCCUAAUCGUGUGUGUCAAUAUUCAUAUCCUGAACGAUCGUGUCCAAAUAAUUAUUUACAUUCCCUUCACUGGCAUUAAAUGUGCUUAUUAGUCUUCUUUUCUCCUGCUAUGAUUCAGCUCUAGCUUACUGUGCUUAGUACUGGUAUGAACUGCCAUGAUGUAGUACCUGAAAAUAACUUGCAUUUAUUUAUACUGAGCAGCUUUUUGUUAUAUAUGUAAAGCACUUUACAGCAUGUCUGGACUACUCGCUUCAUUCAAGGAGAAAAAAGAAUCUAAAUACUAGCAGGAUGCAGCUGUUAUGUGGAAACUCAAAAGCACUCUGUUCUGUGCAUAUUUAUAAUUUCACCUCACUGACAUGAAAAAAUCAGCUUGGAAAUAAUAUCAGAGGACUGAAAAUACAUAAAAAUGUUUUAAGUGGACAAGGCAACCUGAGCUGUCCCCGAUUAUUUUCUAUAUGCAUGUUUUAUUGUUGUGUUGAUUGUUGCAAACUGCCUUUGUUUUCGUUUUUUUUUUAAUUAGGUGUAGCAUGUUUAAGAAAGUCAAUCUCCUAAAACACCACUGAAGUACCAUUGUCAUACACAUGUAUACUGACAUAUCAUAUCAUCAACCGUAGCUGUAUUUAUCCACAGGAAUAAUACAGGAAAGUUGUAGGUUUACAGAUAAAAUAUAAAUUUAUAAAUAAAUAUAAAUCUAAAAUUACUCUAGAGCACUGUACAAUAAAAUAUAGAUUUGAUAAACAUAAUUUUAGAACAAUGAAUAAAUUAAUUAAAUUAACAUACAGAAAUGUAAGAAAUUAUAACAUGUUUUAAAAUCACAAAAUGACACUAGAAUUACAUACAUGCAAUACAGGUACAGUAUAAACCUUGUACAUUGGCUUUAUUUUGCAAGUAAUUUGUGGUACAUUGAUUUAUUUAUACCAUGAGUAAUUGCUACAAACUUACGUAAAGGAGAAAGGCCGAAAACUGUCCAUUCUG